UUGCGAAAUUGACCAUUAGAGAAAAACAGAGAGAAAGCUCACGCAUCCAGACAUAAUCCUGCCAGAAAGGAAGCACGUUUUGCCCUCCAAAAUUUGAGCCACUGCACACGAUCUCAGCAUUAAGUUUUCUUCUUUCCAUCCGCUGUCUCCAGACAGAACAACAACACUAGCCAGCAACCGACAGGCAGCCGAAGAUGGGCAUCAAACGGCCUCAUGCGUCAGUCGACGACAUUCACCCCGAUCGUGCGAGUCGCAUAGAAGGUGGCCCCGCACAAAAAAAAUACAAACAAGCCCGGAAGAAUCAGGUAGACGCCGAUGGCUCGCUGGCGGCGGUCAAAAAGCGGGCGAGGAACAUUGAGCGCACCCUGUCGAGGCCGGGCGCCUCGGAGAUGCCGCCCACUGUGCGCGCAGAGCUGGAGCGCGAGAUGUCCGCACUCAAGUACAGGAUAGAGAGUCAGCAGGAGAAGAAGCAUAGGAGUCAUAAGAUUGGAAAAUACCACAUGGUCCGGUUCUUUGAGCGCAAAAAGGCACAAAAGCUCGUCAAGUAUGUGCGCAAGAAGCUUGACCAGGCCGAAGAUCCGGAGCAGAUCAUCCAACUCAAGAAGGACCUGCACACCGCCGAGGUCGACGUUAAUUACGCCAUCUACUUCCCGUUUCUCGAGCGAUACGUUAGUCUGUACCCAAACACGGAGAAGUCGGAUGACCAGUCCGACGCGAAAUUGGCCUUGCUGCGGUCAGAAAGGCAUCCCAUAUGGACGGAGAUUGAGCAGGCUAUGGAGUCUGGACCAAACGCCCUGCCACAGCUGCAAAAUCGAAAAUCAGCCAAAGCAGCCACGAAGUCGACCAAAUCCGAAGCUGCCAGCAAAUCUCAUCCAGAAAAGGUGUCGGGAGAGAAGUUCGACAAGAAGGGCAAGACGAGUGAUGCCAGACAUUCAAAGCAGACUCCAAAGGCUCAAUCAGAUGAGAAGGAUGAGGAUGGGGAUGAGAGUGACACGGGAUUCUUCAAUUAGCCGACAAAGGCGUUUUCCGUACAACUUGUCCAAGCGAAUGGUCAAUUUUCUGUUGUUAGCGCUUUAGUAUACCCCGAGAUGCAUUGUCUUAUUUUCCAGUCGUUGGCGAAACAAACUGCAAAGCAUGUAUUUAUGUUGAGCUAAUGGGCAUGGCGCUGGGUUGUAUUGCAUCAGUACUGUAAGUGAGCAUUCAUCUUUGUGCUUAUCUGGUACCUCAGGACAAAGAUAUAGGUGAGCCUUCUGCAUGAAUAAGACUGCAAGGGUUGGGGUUAAAAUCAGCAAAGGCCAUCCACUCGUAUAAAGUAGUCCUCGGUAUCUACAGCCUCACCUCUGUCACCCAACACAAACCCAAACCCAUACACUUUGCUUUAGCCAAGUAGGUAUAUUAUGCAGGAAUAUUUCCAUCUUCUACAUUGGCCGGAUGGAUCCUCAGAUAUUUGUCUUUAAAGCCAAG